UUUUUAUUAUUAUUCCGGAAAAAUCCAUAACAGAUGCUCAACGCUGGCUAUCAAUUUCACUCCUUUUCCGUCGUGAUGGCACUUGGCGCGGCUACUGUACGCCAGGCAGGAGAUGAGCUGCUGGUGGAUGAAGGCGCACAGAUCGUUUGAUUCCGCCUCUUUUUUCGCUUUAGCGCGUUCAUUCUGAAAAUUACACUCGUCUUUUGGACUGUCCCUGGACUCAGAUUGACCACAACUUCGACUGUUUACCUCGCAGCCGCUGCAGUCGGCCAUCCUGCGCCGUAACAUGACGAUUAAGCAGUAAAAAAUAAUAGUGAGAAACAGGCCGACACACAGAAACUGGAUAUGGAGUCAGUGAAGACGAAAGCCGCGGCGGGGGUGAAGGAAUUUGCGGGGAAGACCCUGGGUCAAAUGUACAGGGUGAUAGAGAAGAAACAGAAAACCGGGGAGGUGAUCGAGCUGACGGAGGAUGGGCGGCCCCGGGAGGCCGCGGAGAAGAAACCCCCGCUGUGCGACUGCAACUGCUUCGGUCUGCCCCGCCGCUACAUCAUCGCCAUCAUGAGCGGCCUGGGCUUCUGCAUCUCCUUCGGUAUCCGGUGUAACCUGGGCGUGGCCAUAGUGGGCAUGGUCAACAACAGCACCAUCCACCAGAACGGCAAGAUCAUCAUCAAAGAGAAAGCCAAGUUCAACUGGGAUCCAGAGACGGUGGGAAUGAUUCACGGAUCUUUUUUCUGGGGCUACAUCGUUACACAAAUCCCGGGAGGAUACAUCUCCUCUAGACUAGCAGCAAACAGGGUAUUUGGUGCAGCCAUUGUGCUCACCUCGACUCUCAACAUGUUCAUUCCCUCGGCUGCCCGAGUCCACUAUGGGUGUGUCAUCUUUGUCAGGAUAUUACAAGGGUUAGUGGAGGGAGUGACCUACCCGGCCUGUCAUGGCAUCUGGAGUAAGUGGGCUCCUCCGCUGGAAAGGAGUCGUCUGGCCACCCUCUCGUUCUGUGGCUCUUAUGCUGGUGCUGUGAUAGCGAUGCCUUUGGCCGGGAUCCUGGUUCAGUAUUCAGGCUGGUCCUCCGUGUUCUAUGUCUAUGGAUGCUUUGGCAUCUUCUGGUAUUUGUUCUGGAUCCUGGUGUCUUAUGAAAGCCCUGCUGUUCAUCCUACCAUCACGGAUGAGGAACGCUGCUACAUCGAGGAGAGCAUUGGAGAGAGCGCCAGGCUAGCGGGUCCUGCCGAGAAAUUCAAGACCCCCUGGAGGAAGUUCUUCACCUCUAUGCCUGUCUAUGCAAUCAUCGUGGCCAACUUCUGCAGGAGCUGGACGUUUUACCUGCUGCUGAUCAGCCAGCCUGCAUACUUCGAAGAAGUCUUUGGCUUUGAGAUAAGCAAGGUCGGCAUACUGUCUGCCCUGCCGCAUCUGGUGAUGACCAUCAUCGUGCCCAUCGGCGGCCAGCUGGCCGACCACCUACGCAGCAAGAACAUCCUGUCGACUACCACUGUCAGGAAAAUCAUGAACUGUGGAGGAUUUGGCAUGGAGGCCACAUUGCUGCUGGUGGUCGGAUAUUCCCACAGCAAAGGGGUGGCCAUCUCCUUCCUGGUGCUGGCAGUGGGCUUCAGUGGAUUUGCUAUAUCAGGCUUUAAUGUCAAUCACCUGGACAUUGCUCCACGCUACGCCAGUAUCUUAAUGGGAAUAUCGAAUGGUGUGGGUACCCUGUCUGGGAUGGUGUGCCCGCUAAUUGUUGGUACCAUGACAAAGAACAAGACUCGAGAGGAGUGGCAGUAUGUGUUCCUGAUCGCCUCCUUGGUGCAUUACGGUGGUGUGAUCUUCUAUGGGAUUUUCGCUUCGGGAGAAAAACAGCCGUGGGCCGACCCAGAACUGACCAGCGAGGAGAAGUGUGGCUUCAUAGAUGAGGAUGAGCUGGCAGAAGAAACGGGCGACAUCACUCAAAGUUACGGUGCCUUUGGAGGUCAGCCUAAGACGUACGGUGCGACUACACAGGUGAACGGAGGCUGGGCUUCAGGCUGGGAGAAGACGGAGGAGUACGUCCAGGAAGAGGCGCAGGCAGGAGGCUACGGAUACAGGCAGGAUGAGGGAUACUCCUAGA